AUGGUCGAGAGUUUCUACACCACGGAAGCAUUCGGCACAACAGUGACCGAUAUGAAAUUGUCGGAAGACGACGCCAAAGCGCUCAACAUUUUAAAUUCGUCCAUCAAGAAUAUUGGCAAUCGGUUUGAGGUUAGCUUAUUAUGGAAACCGUCGGCUGUUAGAUUACCAAACAAUCGAAAGUGCGCAUUCCAGCGGUUGGUGUCAGUGGAGAAACGGCUUUUGAAGAAUAAGGAUAUAGCAGAGCGGUACACCAAAGCUAUAGAAAAAUACGUACUCGACGGCCACGCUCGGCUGUUAGCCAGUACAGAGCUAGAAGGAAUCGAAGGUAGAGUGUGGUACCUUCCACACCACUACGUGAUCAACCCAAAUAAACCGAAGAAGAUAAGAGUGGUGUUUGACGGAGCUGCCAAAUUUGAAGGUACAUCACUAAAUGAUUGUCUUCUUCGGGGACCCGUGUUGCUGGCUAACUUGGUAGGAGUUCUGAUACGAUCCAGAGAAGCACCUAUUGCAGUAUCAGGAGACAUUGAGGCGAUGUAUAAUCAAGUUCGCGUACGCUCGCUAGAUCAAAGCUUCCAACGGUUCUUGUGGCGGAGACCAGGCAGCACAGAAGCGCCGAAAACCUACCAAAUGAUGAUUCAGGUAUUCGGUUUAAUUUCAUCUCCUUCGUCGUGUUUGUAUGCUUUACAGCACGCAGCAAAUAACCACAAAAAAUUCCGGUACGUAGGAGGAAUCAUAGCUAAAAGUUUCUAUGUUGAUAACUAUAUCGACUCGUUCGAGACGGAGGAACUAGCUAUAGAGACUGUUUCUCAAGUCAUAAAAGUAUUAGCGGAUGGAGGGUUUAGGCUCAACCAAUGGGUUUCGUCGUCACGUGCAGUCCUUUCUUCGAUACCUGCAAGUGAAAGAGUACAUCAAACCAUGAAUUUGGAUCUGGAUGACCUCCCAGUUGAGCGCUCACUUGGUGUUUUAUGGGAUUGCCAGCACGACUGUUUCAAAAUCGCCACCCGCCAGCCAAGAACAGUCCGAACGAAGCGAGAAAUGCUGGCAGAAAUAGCAGGAAUAUUCGACCCGUUAGGAUUUCUCCUUCCAAUUACGACGUACGCCAAAGUAUUGUUCCAACAGGUAUGGAAGAUGACGCGCCAAAACCUGAAUGAUCCGUCAAAACGGGAACCACUUCAGUGGGAUGAGAUGCUGCCCGAUCAUAUGGUCAAAAAAUGGAAUCUUUGGAGAAUGGAAUUGAUGCAUUUAGAAGACGUUCGUGUGCCAAGAUGCUUCCAUGAUCAACGUUUCCCAUCAUCAACUACUCGUUUAGAGCUUCAUGUUUUCUGUGACGCAUCAGAAGUUGCAUUUGGCGCAUGCUGUUAUUUACGGAUGGAGUGUGAAGAAAAUGUUGACACCAAGUUUGUAUUUGCCAAGUCAAGAGUCGCGCCAAUUAAAAGUUUAUCCAUCCCACGUUUAGAAUUACAAGCUGCCGUGUUAGCGACGCGGAUUACCGUAUCGGUGAAGAAAGAACUGAGACUUCCAAUCCAUUCAACCCUGUUUUGGACCGACUCGGAAGUAGUGUUAAAGUGGUUAAAAUCAGAGCAUCGGCGCUAUUCUCAAUUUGUGCACCACCGAAUUAACGAAAUCACGGAGACGUCCAGCAAUGAAGAAUGGAGAUUCAUAAGUGGGCGCAAAAACCCAGCCGACGAUUGUAGCCGUGGUCUUCGCUUAACAAAGCUGGACAAUCAACACCGAUGGUUUACGGGUCCACCCUUUAUACAGAGGCCAGUCAGUCAAUAG